AUGUCAGGCCGUCAAGGCGGAAAGCUGAAGCCUUUAAAGGCUCCAAAGAAGGAGAAGAAAGACGAGGACGAGGACGAUAAAGCCUUCAAGGACAGAAAGAAGGCUGAGGAAGCAGCACUCAAGGCAGCCCGAGAGAAAGGUGCGCUCUGCACUCAGUACAAUUCAGCGUAG